UACAGGUUAGUGGUCAUUCUAGUCUUUUGAGUCUUAUUAGAUGUCUGCAACUAUUUGACUAUGCUCUGCUCAUGCGCUUCGAGCGAUCUUGAGUAGCAGAAAAAAUAAUUGCUAUCGUAUUUUUAGGAUAUUCAAAAGCCAUAACAGUUGUAUCCCGCUGUUUAAUCCAUCCCGAGCCAUUCCAAGUCGCUUCGUCAAAGCUGUAUCAAUUCAUACUGAAAUAUUCUUCUAGCAAUUGCACUGUGCUGUGUCUCUGCGUAAUCUCAUUUUAGUCUGCCAAUUUUCUAUGUCGGAUCUCUCUUCAACCUCAAUGAAAAGAUUUGAAGAAACUGUCCAUGCCAUGAACGAGAAGUCAUCUCUCCCUGAAGAGGAAGAGACGCUCACCAUGCCUGUGUCUGUCGAUGGAGGUAUGAAUGCAAGCGCAUUUGUGCAACCGCUUUCUCCCAAUCUGUUUAGGGUGAUGCGUAUUGUCCCCGACAAGCAAGAUUACAGCUUUGUUGAAAAGAUUCAGCUUCCACAAGAUGAAGUUCUAGGCCUCUGUAAUAAGCUUGUGCCCUCUUCUGCCUCGGCUUACUCGGGUGAGCCCCCCCGGGUUCGUAUCAAUUUCAAUUCACUCAAUCAACUAGGCUUACCGGUGGUCGGGUUCUAUGGAGAUAAGAACAUGCUCAUACGCACUUUCCGCAAGGAAAGUCUUGUGGAUGACUCUGUUCUUGCAAAGAUGGAAGGAGGACUGUUCGAACCAGGAUUCUACGUCAGUCUUGCUGAUAAGGUAAGCUACGCAGUAGUUUUUUACUGGCAUGAAGGUGAGAAAUUGAAGCAGGCUUCUAGAAAAGAUGUGUCUUGCAAUUUUGUCAGAUACCUGGUUGAACUAUGUGAUAGCGUAUAUGUUUGCGUGGAAGGGAGUUAUCCCUUUGAAGCUCUGGCCUCUUCUGCAACAAGCACCAGCUCAAAAACUAAGCGCACGAAAAGGAUUCAAGUCUCCAGUGUGAAGAACUCGGAGAAUGAUGUGGAGCUUUUGCUUGGUUAUAAUGUAAGAAUUGACGGAGGAGCGAAUAGUGAGAAAGUUUUCUUUGAACCGAGUUCAAAUUUUCAAACUGUUAAUAAUAAUUAUGAUGGAACAGCAGUGUUCUGCGAAGGGUAUCACCACUGUUGUUUCCUGACAACAGAGAAGAGAGCUCCAUGGACUUCUAGAAAAACAGAAGAGGUGUCUAUGAAAGCUUCUGGGUUUGGCAAUAUGCUUAAACGCUGGUCGUCGACUUCUAAUGUUGAUUACUCCAGACUGAAUAACAGGGAAUUCAUAGACCUUCUAGAAAAUUGUCAGCCCCAAGAUUUUGAGAUGUACACUAAGUCUAAGAAAUCUCCUGAGACAAGAGAGUCAGCGAUAAACAUUGCACAGUUUCAGAAGUUUGAGAAAUGUUUUCUCAGUGCUAUUCCAGAAUUCUGCCCACAUGUUCUCUUUGUGGGCGGCGAAACAACAGUAGAGCCGAAUUCAUGCUCUGAUGGCGAGAGGCUUAAGCAACUGCAUCAAGAACUUUCAGCUAUUUUAGCAGGGAAAGAUAGUGUUAGCAAUGGAGAUGGGACGUUGCUGCUGCUCGGAUCCGACAUCAAGUUCAAAUUUAGUGACGCUGAGCAUGUGAUUACUGUUGAAAGUUUGGGUCAAGGAAAGCCGACAACGCCUUUUAUCUCUUAUAGACAAGAAGUGCAUGCCAAAUGUUCCAGUAAGUGUACCUGCUCCAGAAAGAUCGACGAAAAUUUGAAGUUUCUACAACCAACAAAAGGCAUGAAAGACUUCCCACUGUCAGGUGAGUUUGUUAAAAUUGAAUUCAUUCCUGUUAGUAAUAAAUCAAAUACUAAGGAGGCAAAGGAUAUUGAAGUGGAGGUUCGUCUAGAGAAUGCCUCUUAUUCUGCAAUCCGUAGUUGGGUAGAAAACGUGGUUCCUAAUGAAUUAACAAGCCUCGAAAAUUAUAUAGUUUUCACUGCCUUCUUGUUGGCUUCUGACAAGUCUCUAGGUCAAACCUUUAUCAAAAACCAUUUGAGCAAAAGAAACAUGCAAAGUCUGCCAUCCUCUUUCACAGUUCCGUUUGAGAAGUUCUGUAGUGUCCACUCCGCUCAGUCCACAUACGAUCUAGAUGCCCUCUUAUCUAAUGACAAUCUCAAAACCGUAUGUUGUGAAGUCUACAAGGACAAUAAACUCAAGUUUUGUGAAAACAUAAAGGAGCUGUGGACUAGUUUGUUUGGUAAAGGGGGAAGUUUUGCCAACAGUCGACUGAGAGACGUGGAGGAUGAGUUUGUAAAGGAACUGAAGAAGAAAAUGUCAGCGUUAAAGGACGACAACUUAGUGACCAGAUUUAUUGAGGAAGUUACUGUUGAACCUCAGGCACGUUCACGUUGGCCAUGGAGUUCUCAGCCCGUGCAACCAGAGCUGAAGGUGAAAUUUUCAACAGUGGAGGAACAUCGGUUAGAGAUUGUUUAUAAAGUAUGUGAGCUGACUCCAAAGAAAAAAGACAUAGAUGAGGCUAAUACUAUCUCCGGGCGUCCAAUUGUUCCAACAUGUGGAGAUCCAGUUGAGUUAGCAGCCAUUAAUCCUCAAAAUGAAAGAUUACACAAAGUUGUCGUCCUCAAGUCCCGAGAGCUGAUUGUUUUUGUUCACAGUAUUAGGGAUUCCUCUAUGUACCUGUACCGUUGUCCCAAGAUUGGUGUCAACAUAAAUGGCAUGGAUCAUCCUAUUCAUACAUUUAGGAGGGGAAUCGAUUUGUUGGCUGUAGAUGAAGCUACCAGAUCUAUCGCUCUCUAUGAAAAAGAGGCAUCAAAGAUUGCAAUAUAUAAGUUUGAUGAGUCAUUUAGAAAGGUCUAUUGGAGUGGAGUUGAGGUCAAUCUGGAAUCAUUUAGUGGGAGCAAGACCAUUGUAUGGAUGCAUUUAAUUCCAGGAAAAAUGGAGCUGCUCCUAGUUGAUGACACCAACCGAGCAAGAGUGGCUGAAAUCCAUGAGAAGCCGAUGAUGAAGGCAAAGCAUAUUCCUCUCCCUUUGCAGCAGCACACUUUGAGAGCAUGCAUUUCUGUUGACGGCUAUUUCUUCCUCGUCUUCAGGCAGUUGCAAAGUCAGAGUGAUGAGAUUCAUGUAAGUCCUGAAAACGUACUUGAUGUUUAUGUUCUGGGUGAUACCAUGAGCUACUUGAAGACAAUCCCUUUGAAUGCAAGAGAAUGCAGUAGUAUAUCUGAUUUGGAACAAUUUGGGGCGAAAUUUACGAAAUUCGGAGCACAAACUCAGCUUUUGCUAUAUAGUCCUGUAGAUGCUCCUGGUAUUAUCUUUUCCCGUAUUGUGAAAUGUUCUUUAGCUAAGGAAGUUAUGCAGUUGCAACAACUAGAUCAGAUUAAAGCUCCAGAAGAUGAAACAGAAAUUGCUUUGUCCUGCCCGUAUUUGGGUUACAUAUAUCACAUUUUUGACAAGUUUGCAACAACACCUAAGUUGUUUCCAGAAGCCAAGAAGCAUAUAACAUUCAAUGUGGUACUGGAAAGUAGCAGAUCAAAUCGCUCCAACAAUGAGGCAUGUCUGAAGUAUUUGAAAGCACUUAUUAGACAACUGAAGGUUGGAAAAGAUAAAGACUUUUCGAGUAUGGAGAUCAGAUUUGAGGUGAAAAAUGAAGAGAAUUGCCCAAUUUCAGCUGCAACAGAGCGGGAGACACAAAUGAAAAUGGGAACGUGGGUUCGCAAGCUCGUUUGCCUCGUUCCCAUCCAAAUAGCUCGUGCAGAAAACAAUGCAAUGGUAGCUCUCAAGGAUGGACUUCAAAUACCCCCUGAUGUUAGCUAUGUGGACAGUGUAUCUCUCUCUAGCUCUAUGCGGUUUGGGUUCUAUGAUGCUGUUCUUAGCAGUUGGAAGGACCAGAUUAAGGUGAUAUCUUCCAUGGGAAAGCAAAGUAGCGGGAAGUCAUAUUUGUUGAAUCAUCUGUCAGGGUCUCUUCUAGAUGUUGCAGGUGGGAGGUGCACAGAUGGAGUGUGGAUGACCAUUGUAACGGGCGAAGAUGGAGAUGGCAGCGGGGGUAGCCGUUGCUUGUAUGUUCUGUUAGACUUCGAGGGGCUUGGCAGCUUUGAGAGAAGCGAACAAGAGGAUAUGCUUCUCUCCGUUCUUAAUGCCGCUGUAAGCAACAUCACAAUAUUCAACAAAAAGGAUUUCCACUUAGAUAAGGACACGGAAUCUGCUUUCAGCCGGUUCCAAAGUGGAAUAAAUUUACUGAAGCAGGACAAAAAGUUAUUUAAAGGUCUAUUCUACAUUGCAAUCAAGGAUGUGGAUAAAUCCGAUGUAGAUGAUCUUAUCCAAGAAUUCUACGACAAGAUAUCACAAAUAUGCAUCAAAUCGCCAGAGAAUUUCAUUUCAAAAAUGUAUGAUGGCAAGGUGGAGAUUGCUGCUAUGGCUCCUUACAAUAAAUCUGAGUAUUAUAAAGAGAGCUUGACUGAGCUAGCAGAAACAGUGGCAAACAGAAUUGAUUUUUGCUAUGAUAAUGGAUUCACCUUUCUGAGGGAUCUGAAGCUUAUUAUAGCUCAAAUUGCAUCCAAAGACUGGACUUCUAUUGACAGCAAGCGAGUUGCUGUAACAGUUGAUAUUCUGAGGAGAAAUCUUUCCCCUGCCGUCCAAAUGGGAUGUCUGUCUGUGACAAAUAAGAAUGAAGAGUUGCGGGUGCUGGAUAAUUUCGACACACAAGAAGAAGUUCCUGAUUUUCCUGUUGUUGUAGGGGAUAUUUCAUGGAACAUCAAAGAUUCGGGCCUCUCUCUUUACCCGGGUACAGAAUCAGCAACUCCGAUUACUGUGAGAGACACUUUAUCCCAAAUCAGGUCAAAACUGGAGAUGGUUUUACCUAGGAAUGGUAGAAGCGGCGACGAGUGGCAUUCUUUGUUCCAGAAGUUCCUAGAGGCGCUGGCAGACAGAAGGCGUGACAGAGUUCAACAAUGGAUAAGUUCAAACACUGUAGACUUCAGUGAUAGUGAUGAAGUGCAAAGGUUGAAGCUAGAGGCCAAUGUAGCUCUUGGCGAAGUAAAGCAAGGCUUAUCAGUUUGUGGAUGCAAAUGUUCCAUUUGCUUUUGGAGAUGUGUGAUGGAGAAGAGCCAUGAUAACCAACAUGAUUGCAUGGGUAGUCAUUCAUGUACAGAAAGUUGCACUUAUUGUGCUCGAGAAGGAAACAUCUUAAGCUCAUGUGGGGAUUUGGCGGGGCAUGAAGGAGCUCAUGACUGCAAAGAGAAAAAUCAUACUUGCGGUGAGAGAUGUUUCUUAUAUGGGACGUCUUUGAAUUGUAAUGAGGUAUGUUCUCUGAGGCCUGGGCACCAGGGCCAGCACAAGUGUAAUUCUCCUCAACACACGUGCAGCACAAAAUGUUCUCUUCCAAGCUGCAAUAAUCCUUGUGCUGUGGCGAUUGAAUCCGCCCAUAAAAGGCAUCAGUGCCAUGAGAGAUACUGUCAAAGGAAAUGUAUGAUUAAUGGGUGCAGCAGGAGAUGUGGAGUUGAAGAUCAUUUCCAUGAUUUGGAUCGAAAUGCAGAGCACUUGUGUGGGAAUGAGCAUGUCUGCACCGAAGAAUGCGAGAUGCUCGGAAUAUGUGAAAUCUUUACUGAGCUUGUGAAACAAACCCGGGUUUUUCAGGGCCAAAGGGGAUCUUUUGAGUAUGAAGUUGUGUCGGAGCAAAAUGGCCUGCGCAAAGGCUGUUGCAUUCCCAUUCCUCCCUACCAAAGAAAUCAUGAAGGUCCGCAUGUUCACACAAGCAAAGACGACUCUGUCCACUACUGUGACACUAGAUGUCAAUCUUGUGGUUACUUCUGCCAGCGCCCAAUAGGUCACUCAGGCUUGCACGAUACAGUGCAUGGAAAUAUGAGAAAUGUAAGAUUCAUUUCAGAGGGCGAAGAUAUUGAUAUUCAAGAUCGCAGGUAUAAAUGGGGAGAGACAGGGAUAGCAGAAAUGUGUAACAUGUAUUGCAAGAAACAGGGUCGAGGACAUAUCCACCUGGUUCCAUGCCCUGGUCAGGUCGAGGGCAAAUGCACCAGAAAUCUCUAUGAUGGUUCGAGGCACGAAACUGUGAGGUAUGGACCUGAUGUGCAUGUUCCAAAAGAUGAGAUGACUCAUGAGACUUUCUGGAAAUAUGUUAGAUUUAAUGAUCCUUGCACGGAAGAAGAGAGGGAAGGGUUUGACCUUUGUAAUCACUUUUGUAAAUCUGAGGAGCAUGAGUCAGGUCCUUCUGCUAAAUCAUAUUGCACCGAGAAACUGUGGCAUCCACCUAUCAAGAGAAGUGGACAGAAUUUGAGCUCUGCAGGGUAUAUAACUGAUGAUGGCCAUCAUUUUCCUUGUGAUCAUUCUAAGAAUGUCCCUCACCAUGUCAUAUUUAUCAUUGACAAAUCGGGUUCGAUGGAAACCUCAGACUGUAUGCCCACCAUGGUAAAGUUUGAUGCACACAAAUAUAGGCUUGGAUGCGUCUACGAGGAUAUUCUGAGGUUUAUGGCAGUCCGACUUAGAACGGUUUCUGAUGAUUCUAUGUCUGUGGUUCUGUUUGAUGAGAGCGCAAUUGUAGCGAUAGAGAUGGAGGAUAUGAAAGAAAGUGUUGUUGAUCGCCUUCUUCCAUAUCGCCCUGGUGCGGCAACUACCUACUCAUCAGGCUUGGAUGCUGCAGAGAAAAUAUUAAUAAAAGGAUCCCGACACCCCUCUGUGAGCGUGAAAAAGCCUGUUGCUAUCUUCCUUAGCGAUGGGGGGAACAAUGGGGGAGGGGAUCCUCUUUAUUAUGUAGGCAGAAUGAAAAUAGCAGAGCCUAGAAUUAUACUUCACACAAUUAUGUUUGGAAAGGAUCCAGCAACGCACAUCUUGAUCGAAAUGGCAAAGAAAGGAGGUGGAACCUUUGAUCAAACAUUAGAUGAGAUUCAGUUGGCCCGUAGCUUUGAGAAUCUGGCUGAAAGUCUCAAACCCCGAGUUGCAGCCUUGAUGUAAGGCACCGCCUGCUUGAUCUGCUUUUUUUGGUAUGUUUACGUACCACCUGCUGCGCCUAUGGAAUCAUCCGUUAUGGUUUUGUGUUGGUUAUAUGUUUUGAACUCUGAUACUUUGCUAGGCCCAGCAUUUAGAUUAUGUACCCUGGGCGCUUCAGAAGCUAAGGUGUAUGAGUCAUGGGCUUUGUUGUAGGUUGCUUAUGUCUCCAUUAAUCAUCUUGUGUGUGGAGCACUGGAAUGAUAUAUUUUUAAUAUGUUUGAAACAUUUUUACAUAAUAAGUAUCUAGAAAUAUAAAUAUCACUAUACUCUUCUACAAGUUU